AGAAUUAAACUAAGUGCUGAAUUAACUUUGAUUAAAACAAAGUUAUUUUGAAAUACUUUCCAUAUACUACUUUUAAAUAAUUACACAAUUAUGCAGCCGCUGAUAAUCUUGUCCUGCUUAUUUGCCUUAUCAAUAUCAACUUGUGUAUGCGUCGAACCGCUCGACGAUGGCAAAUUGCGCGUCUGUGUGGUCGAAGCGCGGGGUAAUUAUCGUAAGGCGCCCAAAUUUUGUCCACUACUGAACGCCACGAGUAAUAUUGAGUGCGUUAUUGGCGUCGAUCGUUUAGAUUGCGUGCGUCGCAUCCACAAGGGUACGGCUCACUUUGGUGUGCUCACCUCCGAGGAUUUGGUGGCAGCUCGCUGGGCCAGCGUUGAGAUUCUGGUUGCUAGCGAACUGCGUUCACACCUUUCGCCAUUUGAGUAUGAAAUAGUUGCCGUUGUAGACAACGAUGCUGGCAUACACACAGUCUACGAUCUGCAUGGCGCCAAGUUGUGUCAUCCUGGCUAUGGUUUGGAUAACCACUGGACCGAGGUGUUGGCCAAUUACUUCGAAUCGACCUUGGUCUCAAAAUCCUGCAAUCCGGAUAUCACGUUAACGGAAGAUCGCAUUGCGGCCUCAGCGAAGUAUUUCGGACCCAGCUGCAAAGCGGGUCCUUGGGUGCCAGAUCGAAAGCAGGAUCGCAUUCUUAAGGAUCGUUAUCCAUCACUGUGUCAAAUGUGCUAUGAUCCCUACAGCUGCGAUGAUACGGACAAGCAUUGGGGUCGACGUGGAACUCUGUAUUGUCUGACAAGUGGAGGCGGCAGCGUUUCCUGGGCCCGGCUCGACGAUACGCGCAGUCAUUUUGGGCUGGCAGGACUGGAAGCACAGGGCGAUCCUUCUAAAUAUAGCUAUCUCUGUCCAGACGGACAUUUGCAGCCAAUCAAUGUUACUCAUCCGUGCAUUUGGAUAUCGAAACCAUGGCCUGUGGUGGCAGCACGUCGCUCCCAUGCCGCUCAGGUGCAGCGUUUGGUUACCGGACUCACACACGAUGAGCCGCAGAGCUGGCAAAAUGCACUGAUUAGCUUGCUGGAGACAUAUCAUGUGAUUACAGUGCCUCUGGACAAUGUCAUCUCCAUAGACGACUAUCUUGAUCAGGCAAUUGGCUUUCAGUCGGCCUACAGUUUCCCGGAGUGCAAUCCGCCACGUUCAAUUGUCGUCUGCACAACUUCGAUUAUCGAGCAUAUUAAAUGCUCUUGGUUGCAGGAGGCAUCCCAAGUAUAUGGCGUUGAGCCGAAUAUUCAGUGUAUACGCACGACUAACUUGGAGCAAUGUAUGGAAGACACCCAUUACAAGGGCGCCGAUGUUCUAAUGGUAAAUCAGGAGCAACGUGUUCAGGCUCAGAGGGAUCACGGUUUGACGCCGUUACUCUUCGAGUUUGCAGAGCAAAUGCACGAUCGUUAUGUAACCAUAGCGCUGGUACAUAAGGAUUCUAAGUACAAGAGCUUUACGGAUUUGAAAGGUGCUCGUGCUUGCUUGCCAAGCUACGAAGGCGCUGCACAUCUUUCUGUGCUGGAAACCAUUGUGAACGCUACGGGAAAAGUGCAUUCAGUGAAUUCAUAUUUCAAUCAUGAGUCUUGCCUAUGGCAUCCGCAUCGUGGUCGUCAGUGUCCGCUACAUUAUCGUGGCGAUGAAGGCGCAUUCCGUUGCUUGGCCGAGGGUGCCGAUGUGGCUUUCCUUAGCUCCGAUGUCUACAAGAAAUAUGUUAGUGGCAAUUUAACAUCCGACUGGCUAGAGCAUGGGAAGCACCAGUCUUACCGCCUUUUGUGUCCUUACGGCGGCAUUGAACGGCAUUCGAGGUUUGAGUACUGCUACCUACACUGGACGGCGCGUGGCCAACUGGUGACCCAUAAUUCAUCUAUAACGCGACACAAUGAGAUCUACAACUCGCUACGCAACAUUGAUCGUCUGUUUGGCAAAAAGUCGAAAAGCGACAUACGCCCAUUCUCGCUCUACGGCGUCUUCGAUAAGCGCAAUGACAUAUUAUUCCACGACAGCACGGACAGUCUAUUAAGCGCACAUGAGUUGCAGCAUGAUGACGCAAAACGCUCAAUGGAGCACAUAUAUGCCCGUUACAUAUCGCAGUAUUACGCUUCAAAAGACGAUGACAACAGCGGCGCGCAUUUAGGUAGCGAAAGCAGCUCCCUUCUGUUAUUGGUCUCAAGCUCUUUGUGGCUGAUGCAUCGCUUAUAAUUGUAGGCAAUAUUUUGUGCACACGAUUACCUUUAUUUAUUGUGAUAUUAAUAUUAUUUUUAUAUGCGCACAAUUAAACCUAGAUUAUGUUAGGCAAUCAAAUACAACCAAUCUUCAAAAAAUAUAAAUGUUUCAGUAAAUAAGUGUUGCAAAAUACUUCAAUAGGGAAGGUAAAGCGAGACAAGUACGCAGCUCACUAUCAAACUACAAUAAAAAAUUCCCUAGCAAAAGUGAUAUGAAUUUUAAGACCCAUUUUUUGGUUUGC